AUGGCAAAGUAUAUAAAUGAAGGAGGAUCAUCAACAAGACCACCCUUAUUUGAAGGACAGGAUUACUACUACUGGAAGGAUAAAAUGGAGCUGUUCCUUAGAUCACAAGACAACAACAUGUGGCAUGUAAUUGAAGUUGGAGAAUAUGUUCCACCACCAGCUAAAGAUUCAACAACUCCAAGAACUUCAGAUCAAUGGACCACACAAGAAUCUGAUCGGGUACUUUUAAAUACUAGAGCAAAAUUAUUUAUAAAAUCUGCUUUGAACAGGGAAGAACAUGAUAGAAUCAUGGAAUGCAAAACUGCUAAAGAAAUGUGGGAAACUCUUCAAAAUCAUCAUGAAGGAUCAAGUCGUGUUAAAGAAACAAGGAUUGAUAUAGGUGUGAGAAAAUUUGAGUUGUUUGAAAUGAAAGAAGAUGAAACCAUAGAUCAAAUGUAUGGAAGAUUCACAAUCAUUAUCAAUGAACUCAACUCUCUUGAAAAAACCUACACUGCACAUGAAAGAGUAAGAAAGAUUCUAAGAAGUUUACCAAAAGAUUGGAGGCAUAUAGUAAUAGCUAUCACUGAAGCAAAGGAUCUCUCUCAACUCAAAUUAGAAGACUUGAUUGGAUCUCUGAAAGCUCAUGAAUCAAUCAUUCAAGAAGAUAAACCUACACAGAAAAGGAUGAUUGCUCUAGAGUCACAAGUAAUGGAACACUCUCAAAACAAUCUGACUGUAAAUAAUAAUAGUUUACUUCAAGAUGAUGAUGAAGAAGAAUUUACACUCAUUUCAAGAAGAAUUCAAAGAUUGAUGAUGAAAAGAAACCAGAUAAGAAACUCAUUUCAAAGAAAUAACACCAGAAACGAAAGUGACUUGAGCAAGGUUCAAUGUUAUGGAUGUAAUCAAUUUGGACAUUACAAAAAUGAUUGUCCAAAGACAAGGCAAAAACCUCCAGUCAAAAAUAAAUCGAUGAUGGCUACCUAG